ACUGACUUAGACGACAGUUUAUUCACCGCACCCUGUAUAUAUAUAUAUAUGACUCUGCAUGUAUUUGUCCCUUCAAAUUAAAGCACAUCAAGUAGAGUAUAAAGGUUUAUCGCGUGACAUCCGAGAGCUGGCAAAGAAAAUCAAGGAACUUGAUCCGAAAGACAGGUAUCGUGCAGAAGCAACAUCCAGAUUAUUAGAAAAACUGUAUUGUCUUGGUUUGAUCUCAACUAAACUCUCCCUGGAAUUGGCUAACAAAGUCUCUGCCACAUCAUUCUGCAGGCGACGCCUUCCUGUGAUGAUGGUUCGAUGUCACAUGGCCGAGAAUCUGAAAACUGCAACCAAAUUUGUUGAACAAGGACAUAUAAGAGUUGGUCCUGAAGUGAUCAAAGACCCAGCUUUUCUGUUAACAAGAAACAUGGAAGAUUUUCUCACGUGGACAGACACAUCAAAAAUAAGAAAACAAGUAUUGGAAUAUAACAAUUUGGUCAGUCAAUUUCUUCUUCACCUUACAUUGAUAGAUUAUGACGUGUGUGUGUUCCUGUCUCCUUGCCUUGACAUCAGGUGAUAGCUGUAAAUAAGU